GAAUUUCUGGAGUUUCUGGAAUUCCCUCUCUUUGUCCACAUUUGGCACCUCUGGCAAUUGGACGGUGAUGUGAAGAAGGAAGUUGCUCGUCGACAGGAUGAGGCAAAGCUUCGGAAAGGCUACCGAGUACUCUUCCAGGAAAAACUGCGCCCGGUACUGCUCAGUAGUAGUAGCAACAAGAACGCUCUACAAGACCUGCGACGUGUGUAUGCUGAUGCACUCGCUACGGACACGGAGAAGGCUCGUCUGUUCGAUGCGCUCAAGUUUGUGCGCUUUUCAGACUUCCUGGGAUUCGGAAAGAUACCGCGAUCAAGUGACAAGUUACCAGGAACGGGCGACCCUUUGGUGCAGUUGUACAGAUCGAACAUUCAGAAUGACGGUCAGCCCAGGGACACGGCCGACGUUGUCAUCUUUUUCUCAUACCGCUGGAUCAAUAAAGGCCCCGGGACAGCACGGGAUACACCGGAUGACAGUAGCAACAUGCAGUACAACCGAAUGGUGAAUGCCAUCGAGAACUUCCUAUUGCUUCAUCCGUCCGUGGACAAAGAGCGACUGGGAAUAUGGGUCGAUCAUGCAUGCGUUGACCAAGACAAUCCUGCACCCGGCGUUGCCGCUCUUCCCAUGAUCAUCGCCCAAUGCAACGCCUUGAUCAGCCUCGUGGACGACGCUUACCACACGCGCGCAUGGUGUUCGGUCGAGGUCAUGAUGGUGCAGACACUGAGAAGGUCGUACAACCUCCACAUGUGGUACGAACAUGUACUUUCAGACUCGGGUGGAGGUAUUCUGCGAGAAGGACUGAUGGAUCUGGAAAUUGUCAUGAUAAGCAAAGAGUUGACGUAUGAGGAAGACAGGCCCAAAGUAAUGUUUUUGGAAAGGCAGAGCAAGUUGUUAGGAUAGGUUGUGAGAUACCAUUUAGAUUGACCUUCGCUUCUUGUCACAUACAUAUGCUGUAUCUAGGUCGUGUGUUGUACUGUAUAGUCUGGAAUGACAUUCGUCUGCUUGCUAGCCACUAUUAGACUAAGAUGGCCUACAUGUCUGGCAUCUUCAACGCCGAUGUUUAAUCGUAUCUGGUGGGUGUGGUCAAUGGGCGAGGGUGGAAAGGAUGACAGUAUUGAAGAGAUGUAAGCCGGAGCCAAAUGACUUCCCCGUGGAGCU